AUGACUCCUGGAGCCUCUGGAAUUUUUUUCGCGCCUCGCCUCCAGCCCCACAGUCGUCGUGGCUACGGCGGCGUGGCUGGCAUUCCCCGGGGCGUCCUGGGGGGCGGCGGAGGGGAGGUUGCUGGCGCCUACGUGCCCCCCGCUGCCGGGGGUGUGGGGGGUGCUCAGCACCGGGACUCCCCCACCCGGAGGGCCGUGGGGAACUUCCUGCGGGUUUUGCUGCCCGUCAGCGGUAUCGCCGUGUGGACCCGCUACUUCCAGCCCGUGAGCGAGGAGGAGGUGGAGGCCUUCCUGCACAUCGCCUCCGUGCGCGGGGAGACGCUUCGUCCCGCGGGCUCAGGUCUCAGUCCCAACGGCCUGGCGCUGAGCGGGGAGGGGGUGCUGGCGCUGGGGGCCAUGGACCGGGUGCUGCGGGUGGACAAGAACAAGAUGCAGGUCACUGUCCAGGCCGGCGCCCGGGUGCAGCAGGUGGUGGAGGCACUGGCGCCCCAGGGCCUGGCGCUGCAGAACUACGCCUCCAUUAGGGAGCAACAGAUUGGGGGCAUCACGCAGGUUGGUGCGCACGGCACCGGCCCCCGCAUCCCCCCCGUGGACGAGCAAGUGGUGGACAUGCGGCUGAGUACUCCGGGGCUGGGCACCCUGCAGCUCAGUGACGAGGAGGAGCCCGAGCUGUUCAGGCUGGCCCGCGUUGGUUUGGGCUCCUUGGGUGUCAUGACGGAGGCCACGCUCCGUGUGGUUCCCCGGGAGCCGCUCAUCGAGCGAACCUUCACUGCCAGCCGGGCGGAGGUCCACAGGAACCACGUGAAGUGGCUGCAACAAAAUAAACAUAUCAAGUACCUGUAUAUCCCGUACACUGAUACUGUCGUUGUCGUACAAGUGAAUCCCCCCAGAACCCCGGAGGAGCUCCAGGCGGCUCGGGAAGAGGCGGCCAAACCCGCACACCCGGAGGCGGAGCGCACCCACGCGCUCAGGCGCCUAUACGCCACCGUGGCCGCACCCGAGAGCGCCCCGACCGCGUCCACCACCAUCAGCGCUACGGCUCCAGCCCCCGACACCGCCGCCCCCACGGACCCGUGGUGGGUGGCGGCGGUGAAUGCGGCGGAGGCGGAGUACUGGCGCCGCUCGGCGGGUGUGCGGGUGGGUUUCAGCGACGAUCUGCUCGCGUUCGACUGCGGGGGGCAGCAGUGGGUGCUGGAGGUGGCUUUCCCGGUGGCGGCCUCCCUAGACGGACUCAAGCCCGGGGCUCGAACCCGCGACCUGGAGUUCUUGGAGGCGCUCAUGGCGGAGAUUAAAAAGGCCCGUCUACCCGCCCCCUCACCCAUCGAGGUCCGCUGGACCAGCGGCAGCUCCUCGCCCCUCAGUCCGGCAGCUGGGCCUCCGGAGUCGGUGCACUGCUGGGUGGGGAUCAUCAUGUACCUGCCCGAGGAGCCGGAGGCGAGGGAGAAGGUCACGCAAGCUUUCCGGGGGUAUACCCGGCUUGUGGAGAGCAAGCUGAUGCCCCGGUUCGACGCCACGUGGCACUGGGCCAAGCUGGAGACCUCCUCCCGGCCGGAGGGCGAGCUGGAGGGGCUGGUGCGACCCAGGCUGGCGAGCCGGUUUGGGAGCGCCUUGGGCGCGCUGAGCCGCUACAGGGCGGUUCUGGACCCCCAGGGUACCUUGGCCAACAAGUGGCUUGAUGCGGUGCUGGGGCCCGUGCCCAAGCAGCAACAGCAGGCGCAGGAACGGCAGGCGCAGGAGUAG